CAGAAGCCUUGAGGCUCCGCCUACUCCAUCACGCACACUCGUCCUUCCUUUCACUGCUACCUCUUGCGGACCCCAUUUGUCGGGACUUUAUUUACCCCAGCCUUCGGACUUUCUUAGCCCCAGACCUUUUCGUCACUUGUCUCUGGGCAGUUCUGCCGCAGGUAGGUUAGCGCGGGGUGCAAAGCCGCACCAAAGGACGCGGCGCCCUCUAGCGGUCGUAGUGAAGGCGCGGGGCUAUACAGGCUGUGCGCUGCCCACGUCCCAGGACGGAAACCAGUGCCCCAGGCGGCAAAGAGCUUGGCGCCUCCCAGAGAUGCUGCGGUCUGACGAAGUCCACACUGGGACAACCAUCAUGGCAGUGGAGUUUGACGGAGGUGUUGUAGUGGGCUCUGACUCCCGGGUGUCUGCAGGAGAGGCAGUGGUAAACCGAGUGUAUAACAAGCUGUCUCCCCUACAUCAACACAUCUACUGUGCUCUUUCUGGUUCUGCUGCUGAUGCCCAAGCCAUGGCAGACAUGGCUGCCUAUCAACUGGAGCUCCACGGGUUGGAACUGGAAGAAUGUCCGCUUGUUCUAGCUGCUGCCAACGUGAUAAGGAAUGUCUCUUAUAAGUACCGGGAGGACCUGUCUGCACAUCUCAUAGUAGCUGGCUGGGACCGACGUGACGGGGGUCAGGUGUAUGGAACCCUGGGAGGAAUGCUGACUCGGCAGCCCUUUGCCGUUGGUGGCUCUGGCAGCACCUAUAUCUACGGGUAUGUGGAUGCAGCAUAUAAACCAGGCAUGUCUCCUGAGGAGUGCAGGUCUUUCGCCACCAAAGCUAUCACUCUGGCCAUGAACCGGGAUGGCUCUAGUGGGGGUGUCGUCUACCUGGUCACUAUUACAGCUGCUGGCGUGGACCAUCAAGUAAUCUUGGGUAAUGACCUGCCAAAAUUCUAUGACAAGUGAAUCUUCCUUAGACCUCCUUUCCUUAUUUUGUAAUAAACUCUUUGGGACCAGAA